AAGAAAGAAAAAAUGGAGGAUUGAGUGGGACAGAUGGGAGAUACAUAGAGGAGUUAAGUGUAACGAGUCUCGUCCUCACAGCGUGACAAUGGAUAAGACAUUGUUGGAAAUGGCGACCUCUCCAUUCACUACCUCCUUACUCACACUCCGCGCUUCUUCUCCUUCUUCUUAUUCUAAACUCUCCUUCAUCAGAGCCUCAUCAAGAAGAGAUUUGUUCAAGGGCGUUGCAUUGCAGGCUCUUCCACUGCUUCUUCUCAGACCCUCACUCGCCAGAGAGGUUGAAGUUGGCUCUUUCCUUCCUCCUUCCCCUUCCGACCCCUCUUUUGUUCUCUUCAAAGCUUCUCCCAAGGACACCCCUGCCCUUCGAGCAGGAAAUGUGCAGCCAUACCAAUUCAUCCUCCCACCCACCUGGAAACAGGCACGUGUGGCAAACAUAUUAUCUGGAAAUUACUGUCAGCCAAAAUGCGCAGAGCCUUGGGUUGAGGUCAAAUUUGAAGAUGAAAAACAGGGUAAAGUGCAGGUUGUGGCGUCGCCGUUAAUACGCCUAACCAACAAACCAAAUGCCACAAUUGAAGACAUUGGAAGCCCUGAGAAAGUGAUUGCUUCUCUUGGUCCAUUUGUCACUGGAAACACCUAUGAUCCUGAUGAGCUCCUAGAGACUGAGGUUGAAAAGCUUGGCGAUCAAACGUACUAUAAAUACUUGCUUGAAACUCCAUAUGCUCUAACGGGUACGCACAACCUCGCCAAAGCAACGGCCAAGGGAAACACUCUUGUUCUCUUUGUGGCUAGUGCCAAUGACAAGCAGUGGCAAGCUUCUCAGAAGACUUUGAAGGCCAUGCUUGAUUCCUUCCUCCUCUUGUUUUUUUUUUUUUUUUUUUUUUCUUCUGUGUUCUGA